AUGAAAUAUGAUGAAAUUAUUGAAGGUGUUGGUGGUUGUGGAUCAUACCAAAAGUUUAUACUGACAUUAUUGUAUGCGGUACCAGUGUUUGAUGGCCUACAGAUCGGUAGUUUAGUGUUUAUCGUCCCAGAAAUAGCGCAUAGAUGUGCUAUUCCUGGUUUACCAAACGACACCUACGAAGUCCAAGAUACGGACCACGCCGAUCUGAUCAAAGCCUAUAUUCCACAGUACAUAGAAGAUGGAGAGCGCAAAUAUAACAAUUGUUAUUUCUACAGCAAUGAAACAUUAGACGAUAACGGAACAAUUCAUGCAUGUAAUUCUUGGGUUUAUGACAAAUCACAGUAUCAGACAUCAGUUACCAGUGAUAUGAACUUAGUAUGCGGUCGUUCAAUUUUCACUAGUCAUGUGAAAACCGCCUUUUUUGUCGGAGCUUUUAUCAUGUUUUUGAUUGGCGGAUGGAUUUCAGAUAAGUAA